CGCUCACGGCUCACUCAAAUAGACCCCGCCACAGAUCACAGAUUAACUGAUUUACCAUGGCAACUAGAGCCGCGUACUUUUCCCCGUCGGAAGCACAAAUCCUCAUGGAGGCAUACGAGGAGGUAAAAGAUAUAAUUAAGAAGAAAGGCAACACCGCCACAGUGAUAAAGCAAAGAGAAAAAGCGUGGCAAAGUAUUGCAGACCGCCUGAAUGCAUUAAACAUGAACGGGCCAAAACGGACAUGGCAGCAGGUCAAAAUCAAAUACAAGAACAUUCUGCAGAAUGCAGUGAAAAAGAAUACCCACAGACAAGGCACGGGUGGUGGGUCACCAAAGGCUGACCUUACCCCAGCCUUGGAGCUAAAUAAAGGCAGGCCCGUCUUAGAGGGGAUCCCUGGGGGGAAAGAGACGAGCAUAGGUUCCUCCCAAGAUGCCACCCGCUUCAUUCAAGUGUCUGGCAGCACUGUGUUCCUGUUAGAGCCACCAGCACAAGCACCAGACGAUGCUGAUCCAGGUGAAGGCCCCAGUGCAGCAGCAACAGCACAUGAUGGAGACGAUGAUGAUGAGGAGGAGACCAUCUCUCUGGAUUCCAGAAGGCAUGAGGACCCAGAUGCUAUACAGUGGGAAAACCAGCCUGGCAACAUAAGCUCACAAGCUAUCAGAAAGUUGUAUGGCAACCACCUCCGGCGCCAAAUAGAACUGGCAGACAUAGACAUUCAGUACAAGAAGAAAAAGAUGGAAAAUCUUGCACCGGAGUCCGAAAUAAAAAAGAGGACAAUUAGGAAACUGGACCUUGAAAUAAAAAAACUUGAGAGGGAGGUGAGAUAUGCCUUCAAUGUACACUGUAUGCUAACUGUAACACAAAUGUAUUAA